AAAAUACAAUUCUCAAGCAGUAUUUAUACUCCCUAUUUUGGCAUUUCUACUCAACACCAGCUCUCUAUACUAACUAGCUCCCACUUCAAAAGAGACUAUACAUCUAUGGCCACUAUGGUCCUAAUAAUCCUACAACUCCUUUCCAUAUCAUCCUCCCUCCUUUCGCGUAGCCAAGCCGCCGGAGGGAAUGACACGAACGACGCCACGUUCAACAGAACCCGCCGUGUUUGUCACCCCUGGAGGUUCGAAAAGCUGGGGUUGAACAUCAAAGACUUUGGGUUCUGCAAUGUGUCCCUCGGGUACGAAGUCAGGGUCAAGGAUCUGGUGGACAGAAUGACGCUCGCUGAGAAAGUGGAACAGCUUGGUGACAAUGCCCGCGGUGUUGCUAGGAUCGGGCUACCCAGCUACGAGUGGUGGUCCGAGGCUUUGCAUGGCGUCUCCGACGUGGGGAACACCGACAGGAAGGGCUCUUAUUUCGAUGAGGAUGUGCCUGGUGCCACUAGCUUUCCCAUGGUCAUCACAACUGCAGCUUCUUUUAAUCAAUCCUUGUGGAAAGCCAUUGGCCAGGUUAUAUCAACUGAAGCAAGAGCAAUGCACAAUUUAGGGCACGCUGGGCUAACGUUUUGGAGCCCAAAUAUAAAUGUGGCAAGGGAUCCAAGAUGGGGCAGAAUCUUAGAGACUCCGGGAGAGGACCCAUAUGUUGUAGGGACAUAUGCCUCUAAUUUUGUUAGAGGACUACAAGAUGUGGAAGGCACUGAGAAUUUCUGGGAUUUGAACUCGAGACCUCUUAAAGUUGCUGCUUGUUGCAAGCACUACGCGGCAUACGACGUCGACAAUUGGCUCGGCGUUGACCGCCUACAUUUUGACGCAAGGGUGACAGAGCAAGAUAUGCUGGAAACAUUUCUUAAGCCAUUUGAAAUGUGUGUAAAAGAUGGUGACGUGAGCAGUGUGAUGUGUUCAUACAAUAGGGUCAACGGAAUCCCUACUUGUGCUGAUCCUAAGCUUUUGAAAGGAACAAUCCGAGGAGAAUGGGAUCUUCAUGGAUAUAUAGUUUCAGACUGUGACUCUAUUGAAGUAAUGGUGGACAAUCACAAGUGGCUUGGCGAUGAGCCAGAAGAUGCUGUUUCACAAACUCUCAAAGCAGGCAACCAUAAGUUUGAAGAUCUUGGAAGUCGCGACAUUUGCUCUGAAGAACACGUGGAGCUGGCAACCAGGACGGCCAGAGAAGGAAUUGUUCUUCUCAAGAAUGACAAUCAAACAUUGCCUUUGAAUUCUCACAACAUUAGAACCCUAGCUGUUGUUGGCCCUCAUGCUAAUGCCACAAAAGCCAUGAUUGGCAAUUACGAAGGUGUUCCAUGUAAAUACACAUCACCCAUAUCCGGGUUCUCAAAGUACACUAAAGUGGUGUACGAGAUGGGGUGCGGAGACGUCCAAUGCAAGAACGAGAGUUUGAUAUUCCCGGCGGUCGCGGCGGCAAAGAGGGCAGACGCCGCCGUGGUUGUAGUGGGAAUAGACUUGAGCGUGGAAGCGGAGAGCAAAGACCGGGUGGAUCUUCUCCUCCCAGGCUACCAAACUCAGCUGGUUAACCAAGUAGCCGCCGUCGCCAAGGCCCCCAUCACCCUCGUCAUAAUGUCCGCCGGCGGCAUCGACAUUUCUUUCGCCAAAAAUAAUCCCAAUGUCGGUGCCAUUCUCUGGGCUGGGUAUCCCGGCGAAGAAGGUGGCCGCGCCAUCGCCGAUGUUGUCUUUGGACAUUAUAACCCUGGAGGGAGGCUACCAUUAACAUGGCACGAAGCAAGCUACGUGGAUGCAUUGCCAAUGACAUCAAUGCCACUAAGGCCAAUCCACCACUUGGGCUACCCGGGAAGAACAUACAAGUUCUUCAACGGCUCCACCGUGUACCCCUUCGGCCACGGCCUGAGCUACACCACCUUCAACCACCGCCUCCUCGCCGCCGACCGGAAACUCGCCGUCAAGCUCAACAGGUUCCAGCACUGCCGCCGCCUCAACUACACCUCCGGCUCGCGCCCGCCGCCGUGCCCCGCCGUGUCGAUCGACGACCUGGACUGCGACGGUGGCGGCGUCGCGAAGGUCGGGUUCGAGGUCCGGGUCGAGAACGGCGGGGAGAGGGACGGGAGCGAGGUGGUGAUGGUGUACGCGGUGCCUCCGGCGGAGGUGGCGGGGGCGCCGCUGAAGCGGCUGGUUGGUUUCGAGAAGGUGUUUGUGGAGGCGGGGAGGAGCGGGCGGGUGAAGUUUGAGGUGGACGCUUGCAAGAGCUUUGGGUUGGUUGAUCAUAAGGGUUAUCAUCUCUUGGCUUCGGGUGAGCACAAAAUCGUGAUCGGUCACGGCCCGCUUUCUUUCCCGGUCCGGGUUGAGUUUUUUUAGACUUUGUUUGAAGUCAACUAGCUUUGACAAAUAACUCCAGCCAGUACGUUUUUUUUUUUUUUGUAUAUUUUGAGUGACUAGUAGUCCGUAGUAGUUUUGUUAGAUUUAUUUAUUUGGAAUUCGUAGUGUGAACUUUUGGCUUCCAAUAAAAGCAAAUUAUAUCU